AUGGAAAUGAGUAAAUGUAGGAGAAAGGGGCUUUUAGAAUUUCCCUUUAAAAAAUUGUCCAACCUAGAUGAUUACAUGGACAUGUUAUAUAGACUUAGGUUGCUUUGGGUCACCAAAUCUUGGUUUUCUAAAGAUCCAAACACAAGGAACUCGUUGAUUAACUUAUACUCAAAAUGUCCUUUUUUUGGAUACGCACGGAAGCUUGUUGUAGAAGGUCCUGAAUCAGAUUCGGUGUCUUGGUCUGCUUUGAUUUCCGGGUAUGCCCAGAAUGGGCUUGCUGCAGAGGCAAUUUCGGCUUUGUAUGAGAUGCAUUUGUUGGCUGUGAAGUGUAAUGAAUUCACCUUUCUUAGCGUACUUAAGGCCUGUAAGGUUAAGAAGGAUUUGAGUCUAGGGAUGCAAAUUCAUGGAAGUACAGUGGUUACAGGGUUUGAGUUGGAUGAGUAUGUGUCUGAAUGCUUUGCUUGUUAUGAUAUGGUUUCGUCCGGUAUUAGACCCAAUGAGUUUCGUCUCUCUGGUAUUAUCAAGUCCUGUACACGUUUAAUGGAUGGUGAUCGAGGAACGCAAAUUCAUGGGUAUAUUAUAAAACUCAGGUAUGAUACAGACCUGUUCUCAGCAAAUGCACUCAUUGACAUUGUUUCUUGGAAUGCUAAUUGCUGGUUGUGGUCAAGAGUCAGGAUUAUGUAUCAAGUACUCUUAAAGCUUGUGCUGGAAUGGGUCUCAAGAGAAUUGGGUAGACAGUUGCACUCAUGCUUAAUCAAGAUGGAUGCCAAGUCAGAUUCUUUUGUCUGCGUGGGACUUAUAGAUAUGUAUUCAAAUCGUCAUUUGAGGGAUGAUGUGAGAAUGGUGUUUAAGUUAAUGCCAGAGAAUGACUUAAUUACAUGGAAUGCUGUGAUCUCUGGGCAUUCAUUUAAUGGAGAAGACAUGGAUUCUCUGAGAAGAGCUGGUUACUAUCAGGUUCUAAUUGCCUGCCUGCCUGCAUUACAAAUUCUGUUCAUCUGCUGCUAA